ACCCAGAUUCCAAAGAAUAUAACCCCAUCAUGAACUUCUACAAGGUUUUCAUCUUUGUUGCUCUUAUCCUGGCCAUCAGCAUGGGUCAAUCCGAGGCUGGUUGGCUGAAGAAGAUUGGCAAGAAAAUUGAACGUGUUGGCCAGCACACACGAGAUGCCACCAUCCAGGGCUUGGGCAUUGCUCAGCAGGCUGCGAACGUAGCCGCCACAGCCAGAGGCUAAA